UUUACUUUUUCUACUUCUGCUAACGUGCGCUCAUUAGACCAAAAUGAAGUGUGUGUAUUUGCUGGUUUGUGUGUUAUUGAUCCAAUUAUUUGCUGUCCAAGCCGGAAGAAAAAAGGACAGUAGUGACAGUGGUGAUAGCAGCGGUAGCAGUGAUAGCAGCGGUAGUAGAGAUAGCAGCGGUAGUAGAGACAGCAGUGGCAGUAGAGAUAGCAGUGACAGUAGCGACAGCAGUAAAAGCAGCGACAGUGGCAGUCAUCAAAAUAAAAAGAAAUCGAAAAACGUAAAGAAAGAAACCAAAAACACUUCGGCAAAGCCCGUUGCAAAGCAAUGUGGUAUUGAAACUAUUUUGACUGGUAUGCCAAAACCUUUAGAUACCGUUGCUGCUUCUAUUAAAGUUUCGAUUAACAAUAUUCUGUCAUCGCUACUAAAUAUUCAGUCACAAACUGGAGUAAUAUCAAUCCUAGCGCAACGAACCAUUUCAAUUUUUGAUAUUUUAUCAAAGAUAACAGGAGUGAAAUCAUUAAAUAAUUCAUUUGAGAGCCUCUUUGAUAGAAUUCAAUUAACAUUUUCAAGUUGUGAGUCUGGACUAGGUUCCUCGGUUGUAGACACAGCAAAACAAGCUACGACUGCUAUUCAAAUAACUCUUAGCAAACUGUUAACAUUGAUUAGCACGAAAUCGAGUAGUUUGAAUGUCAGCAGCAUCAAUAAUUUGAUAGGACAAAUAGCUGAAAAUAUUCAAAUUCUUAUCAGCGUUAUCCAAGCCACAAUUACAGUCGUCGCAUCAGAAACUACCCGCGCAUUCGAUAAUGCUUUAUUCGAGGCAAUCAUAUCUUUACAGAUUAUAACAACACCCAUUUUGUAUGUUGUGCAAUUGGUUCUUUCAUUAACUGCAGUUACAUCUCUAUCAGUGAACGGUAGAAUUAAUCCAGAACUAUCCAGUGUCACUUUGGCAGUAUCAACUAUUUUACAAAAUAUUUCGAAAAUUAUGAUAACCAUUUCGAAUGCUGGUUUUAAUGGUUUCUCGCAGACGGUCAAUUUAAUUGCUUCACCUGUUACAAAAUUAUCAUCCAGUGUUAAUACUUCUUUGAGUCCUCUUAGUGGAACGGUAAUAAAUGUUACAAUUACGAGGGAACAAGUAACUUCAAACACUCGAACAAUUGUUUAUAAUUAAUUGAAGUCUGGCGAUA